UCUAGAGUAAAACAAUUUGUAGAAUCAAUAAGAAAAAUAGCGGAAAUUCAUCCUGAAAGGAUUGCGGCAGUAAAAAUAAAUUACUUAAACAUAUUUCAACACAAGAAAAUGGGAAAAAUGUCGAAUAAGAGUCUAAUCGCCCUCAUGAUGUGUUUUUAUUUUUUUAUCGAGGUGGUGAAUUGCGGAGUUUUAGCGGAUCGAGAUCCCAGAAGCUACAAGAGAAUAAGUAACAGUAAUCAGAUUGAACCUAAAAACAAACGACCCUUCUGCAAUGCAUUUACCGGAUGUGGUAGAAAACGUUCCAGUGAAAUCGCACCACCUCAACCUGCCCAAACGUUUGAUGAUGACGAAAGUAGUGUUUCUGAACUGUUGGAAUUAAAUUCAGAACCUGCAAUUGAGAAUCUUAUGAGACAAAUAAUGAGUGAAGCCAAAAUGUAUGAAGCGAUUCAAGAAGCUAAUCGAGAAAUGUUUCUUCAAAAACUUAAACAUUCAAACAACGCCAACAGAAUUCAACCAUCUACCUACUCUCUUCAAUAAGACGUCUCUCGCUUUCUCACCAUUCAUUAAACUCAUUAACAAUGGAGUCAAGCAAUAAGACGCUAAAUUGCAGACUUUAAUGAAACAAUUGUCAAUGUUUUUCAACAAUUUUCCGUCAUGAUUAGAAGCUCUAAUGACUGAAAGUUGUAAUCUGACUCUGACCAGUUUCAUUAGUCAAAUGUUGCUUGCAGUUUCAUCUUAAAUUAUCUUGACUCGUUAUUUCAAUCGAACACAAAAGUAAUUUUUUCAUUAAUUAAUCAAUAGCAUAGUUAAGAAAGCUUCGUUUCCAUUAAGUGAACAUGACAUUUACAUACAAUAACGAAGCUUGUUCAAAACAUUUUCCAAUUAACGGGGAAGAAAAUGUUUAAUCGAAAUUUUUACUUUGUCUGGUAUUUGUAAUUAAACUCGAAUAUUCAGAAAAAUUAUCUGAUGAUGAAAAUGAAAUUUAAUUUUGUGUUCGAAAUUCUCAUGUGACAUUCAUUCAUGAAUCCUAAGAUUUCCACAAAAAAAAGAUGAAUUGUUCAAAGCAAAGAAGAAACCCAAAAUAAAGUGAAAUUA